AAGAUGUGAGCAGUCAAUGGAUACCAUAGGCGAAACCCUGCACAUUGCCUAGUGCCCAGGUGUCCUUCCCAUGCACAGGUAGCCAUGUGGAUCGCGGUGAGUUUGCUCUGCUGCUUAAUGCUCGGAGGGCUGCCGCGGGUGGGUGGCUCAUGCCCAUCACAGUGCAGCUGCGCCUUCCACAGCCUCAGCGAGGGGACGAAAGCCAGGACAGUGCUGUGUAAUGACCCAGAGAUGACUCUCACCCCCGUGAACAUCCCUGUAGAUACGUCCAAGCUUCGAAUAGAAAAGACAGCCAUCCGCAGGGUGCCGGGGGAGGCUUUCCAUGGGCUCCACAACCUGGAGUACCUCUGGAUGCCCUAUAACUCCCUGGCCAGUCUCAGCAGGAUCACCUUCAAGGGUCUCCGUCGCUUGCAGGAGCUGAGGCUAGAUGGGAAUAACUUAAUAUCAUUCCCCUGGGAAACCCUGGCUGACAUGCCACAGCUAAGGCUUCUGGAUUUACACAACAAUGAACUUACCUCAAUACCCCCAGACGCUGCUCGUUAUGUGAAGAAUAUUACAUACCUGGACCUGUCUAGCAAUAAACUGAUGACUCUUCCUCAGGCUCUCAUUUCUACCUGGGCCAACCUGCAGGCUGUUCCUUACUUCCCCAACGAUAACUCCAAGAUCAUCUUAGGUUUGCAAGACAAUCCUUGGGUGUGUGACUGCAGUCUGUAUGAAAUGGUUCAUUUCCUAAAUUUCCAGUCUCCUAACAUAGCAUUCAUCGAGCCCAGGCUGAAAUGCUUCACCCCCCGCAGCCUUGCAGGAAUCUUCUUCAGCCAAGUCGAGCUAAGGAAGUGUCAAAGCCCUGUUGUACAUACAUCUGUAGCCAAAGUAAAGACCAUCCUGGGCAGCACCGUGCUGCUGCGAUGUGGGACAACAGGAGUGCCCAUUCCUGAGCUCAGCUGGAGGCGGGCUGAUGGGGCACAACUAAAUGGCACAGUGCACCAAGAGAUCUCUAGCGAUGGGAUGAGCUGGUCUAUCCUGGGCCUACCUGUAGUCUCUUACCUUGACUCUGGAGAGUACAUCUGUAAAGCAAAGAACUUCCUGGGGGCAACAGAGGCAUUCAUAUCCCUCAUCAUCACAGACUCAGAAAGCACGGACGACCCCAACUCUGGUGCCAAAGGCGCAUGGAGUGGGAAGGUGAGUGGGAUGGAGGCAGCUGCCUACAACGACAAGCUUGUAGCAAGGUACGUUAUCACCACCUCCACCAUGCCUACUCUGGGAGAUGGAGCAGGCACUGGAGAGGGCCUCCUCAUCCCAGAUGGGGCACAAGAUAGCAACCCCCAAAACCUGCUGGUGAGCCCACCUACUGGUCAGCAGGAGCCGGAGCGAAUUGUGAGGUCCGUCAGAGUGAUAGGAGACACUGACCAGAGUGUCACCCUGGUGUGGAAGGCACCUCUGGCAAGGAACACAACAGUGUUCAGUGUCCUCUAUGCAGUCUUUGGAGAGAGAGACAUGCGGCGGAUCAAUGUGGAACCAGGGAAGACCAAGGUCACCAUUUAUGGGCUGCUGCCAAAGACCAAAUACAUUGUGUGUGUCUGCGUGAAAGGGCUGAUCCCCAGGAAGGAGCAAUGCAUCAUAUUUUCCACAGAUGAAGUUGCUAGUGCAGGAGGGACCCAGAAGCUCAUCAAUGUGGUCGUCAUCAGUGUGGCGUGCGUCAUUGCCGUUCCCCUGACACUAGUGGUCUGCUGUGGAGCACUGAAAAGACGCUGCAAAAAAUGCCUUGUGAGGAAACCCAAGGAAAUUCAAGAGUCCUAUGUCACCUUUGAAAGUCUUUCUCCUGGAGCCAAGGCAAAAGGAGUGGAAGGAGAAUACUUGACUAGACAUACCCCUGAUGAAUCUAACAGGCUGCUGUCUGCCCGAUCCAGUGUGGACUCUGAAGCAAUACCAAAGAUAGAGGGGCAACCUAAUGAAUACUUUUGUUGACAGUAACUAGGCUGGUCAUUGUCUCGAUAGAUGGAAAGUAUGUGGCUCUAUAUAUGACUCUCUGCUCCAACACUGCAAGCUGUUGUGUCAAUGUGUGUGUCUCUGACAUGCUCCAGAGGAGGAUGCGAGAACGUAGAUGGUGCCCAAGCUUUACAGGAAUGUGUUGUUUGCCCCACUUGGGGUUUGCUGUUUUGUACUCAAUCAAAAGCUUCUGCACUAAUGGACUCAUUCUCCUGCACCACUCUUAUUUUCAUAAAAUGACACAUGCACACUGAGUGUGAGGACAUUAAGCAACAAUGCUGAGCGCACUCUGCUCGGUUUUGUAUAGUACCUGCUCUGCAAUUUGUUAAGUGUUUUAAUCUCAUCUCUUUUGAGGUUCUUUUGGUUUACAAACAGGAGAGCAUUCAAUAUUUUUAAUAUAAAUAUCUAGGAAUGUUAAGAUUGAGAGUCUUACCUUUUGCAAUCUGAUGCUUAUUAGCUAAAUGUGGGUGUAUAGCAACCGUUUAUAGUAUGUCCAUAACAACAGCUUUAUGCUCUCAGUUCAGAGAAAUGUGCAAAGAGAUAUGACUCAAGAAUAAGUUUGGGGAUGGCAUUUUGGCCCUAAUUAUUAUUAUUAUGUGCUUGAACAGGACCACACAGGUUUUUCAGUAUCAGGCCUAGCUGUCAUUUUCUAGCAGUGUUGCAAUUAGUAGUGCAAUUAGUAUGCUUUGUAUCAUAGAAUCAUAGAACCAUGAAGGUUGGAAAAGAUCUCCAAGGUCAUCUGGUCCAACCAUCCCCCCACCACCAAUAUCACCCACUAAACCAAGUUCUUAAAAAUCAUACAAUAGCCUACCCCAAAAACUGUGUGCUUUGUAACCAUAUUGAAAAACCUACUUCAGAUGGUUCUGCAGAAAGCUCCCAGAGCAGCCCUGUCAUUGCUGUUGGCUGUGCACAACUGGCUGUGCACAACUGGCAGUGAAGACCAAAGGGCUCAGCCAGGCACUUGCGGUUUGGUUAUGAAAAUACCUUGCUCUGUACAGGGCAGGGGUGUGGGAUGGGGUGGUAGCACUGCUGGCUGGGCACACUUUGGCAGUACUUCCAGCAGCGACAUAGCCUCACUGCUAAUGUUUGGGUUUCAAGCCUUUUGCAUGUUUGAGAACCUUGGGAAACAAACAAACAAACCCACAAACUAAUAUUUAUCUAAAUGUACUUUUCUAACCAGGGUGAACUAAUCAGUUCUUUAGGUUCUGCAACUAUACAGGAAUUUUGAUCUGUGUGCUUAUCACAAAGCACUUCCCAGCUGUAUAAUUUUCCACUCCAGUCCCUUAGGUUUUAAUACCGUAUAUAGUGGUUUUCUAUAUAUAAUAAAUAUUCCUCAUGAAAAAAAUGAUGGAUGUUCCGCCAAAUGUUGAAAAAGAGGGAUCCAGCCAAGUUGAAAUGAUAACUGAUAAAGCCUCAGUCUUUUUGAAUUGUUUUGAAAUGUCUGUAAAUGUGUUGGAAGGUUCUCCACUCACAUUCAUGUGUACAUACAAUGCGGACUAGCAAAAUCCACUACUUGGAACGGCACUCUGUAUGAUAUCUGUUAUGUCAGAUUACUUGGCCUGAAGGAAAAAACAAGUUGUUUGAUCUCAACAUAACUACUAGCAACAGGGAGUACAGUACAAUAGUUUCUGGUUCUCUCUGUCCUCCUUACAUUCAUGAUAAGGAAAUUCUCUUGUAUUGGGAGAUUUUUUCAAUCCCUGUAUAUAAUAAUUAAUGCUACUCCUCUCACUGGACUGCAGAAAUUGUUAGGAUUACAAAUAGCAUUUUGCAAAAUGAUGUAUUUUAACACAACAGAUUAACUGAUGAAAUAGGUAGUCUGUAAUAGAUCUAUUUAUACAUUUAUUUACAUACAUAUAUUUAUUUAUACAUUUGUG